AUGUGGGAUCAAGGCAAGCGUCCAAGGAUAGAUCAAGAAAAAGCCUUAACAGCACAACCAUCUUGCCUUAAAUGUGGUGGACAGCAUAAUGGAGCAUGUCCUAUAAAGACUAUGACAUGUUAUGUUUUUGGAAAGGUGGAACAUCUUGCUAGAGCAUGCCCAAGUAAUCCAAACCCAAUGGAGCAAAGGAAAGUGACAACUAGGGUGUUUAAUAUUACCAGAUCACAUGUCGAGACAAAUCCAUCAGUGAUAACAAGUAAAUUCUCUAUUUUUGGCAUCCCAGUACUUGUGUUAUUUGAUUCUGGAGCUACUCAUUCAUUUAUGUCUACUGAAUAUGUGAGGAGGUUGGGUAAGACACCUGAUAUGCAAGAGAUCAGCUAUAGUGUAACUAUUAUAUCAGAAGAUGUACAACAAACCAAUUUGAUUGUAAGAGCAUGUGUGAUCUUUAUGAAAAAUCGAGAGCUCUAUGCAAAUUUAAUUGUGGUAGAUAUGAAAGAUUAUGAUAUAAUUUUGAGUAUGGAUUGGCUGUCAAAAUAUCAAGCUACUAUAGAUUGUAAGAGGAAGUUAGUAACCUUCCAGCCUUUGGAAAAUGGACUCACAAUCAGUGGGAUUGGAAGAAGUUUCAGACUUUGUGUUAUAUCAGUAGUGAAAGCACAAAGGUUACUAGAUAGUGGGACCAUUGGAUAUUUGGUUAGCAUUAUGGCUAUUGGAGCACAAUACAAUUCGAAUCUUAGUGAUGUGCCUGUGGCACAAGAAUUUUCAGUGGUAUUUCCUAAUGAUUUACCUGGGGUACCAUAG